AAGUUACAGUGGGUUGUCCCAACACUGUUAGAAGACUACCAGAAGAGAACACUCCCGGGAGUGGUAACACAUCGCUGGACUUCCAGGACACUAUCUCAUUGAAAGAAAGAAUGGCUAUGUAUCAAGCUGCUGUGUCCAAGGUAGAGAGCAGCAGCUCCUUUGCUAAUGCUUCAGAGGAAACAGAGCCUUGUACUGUGCCUGGCGGCCUUGCAAGAGUGAAGAAACAAUUUGAGAAAGGCCAGAUGACCUCUUCACAAAACACCUUUGCUCAGUACCAGCACCAGCACAAGUCCGUACAGGAGAUGUCAAGUAGCAGUCAGCACAUAGUAUCAAGCAGCAGCAGGGAAACUGAACACAACGAAAUCACCUCCAAAGAAAGUCAAAAGGAAGCCCUUCAAACAGAAGAGAUUUCUCAUCAUGAGCAAGUUAUUCAAGAGACAAAAGAGGUUUCUACGCUCUUUCAGCACACUGAUGAAACAGUAGUCAAUGCAGCUAUGAAUGAAGAGUUCCCAAAGAUUUCAACACAGGUUUUAAAGCAGCAGUUUGAAAGGACAGCUCAGGAAAAGGCUGUUCAUUCUGACAAGGAGACUGCAACACCUGCCAAGCAAGUAAAGAUUGAAAAUGGGUACCAGGAAGUUAUAUGGCCUUCAGCAGUUAGUUGUUCUUCCACUACUACUACUUCAGCAAGUAGACUACAUGAAACUUCUACAGCAAGGAAAAAACAGUAUGGAACUGCUGCUUCUGCAAUGCCUUACGCCAGGUCCCCUAAAUAUGGGAACACAGAAAGCUUUCCCACUACUUCGGCACCAGCUCCAUUGGAAAAGACAGAGAUUUCCCAGUCCCCUGAACCAUCCACCUCUCCAAAGCCCAUUAUCUCCAAAGAUUUGUACUCAAAGCAAAGAAACUUAUAUGAAUUAAAACGUUUAUACAAACAUAUUCACCCAGAAUUAAGAAAGAGCUUAGAAAAAGAUUACUUAAAUGAGAUUUCUGGUAUUUUAUCUAGUGAAUCUGAAGCAAGGAAUAUAACGUCACGAGAUGUACAGCAAGCUAGAUGUGUUUUUGAAAACACUAUUAUCCCUCAAAAGUUUACAAGCCCAGAAAAAGAGUAUUUAGAAUGGGAUGAAAUCCUAAAAGGUGAGGUUCAGUCUAUGAGAUGGAUCUUUGAGAACCAACCUUUAGAUUCAAUUAAAGAUGACUCUCCAGACCCAGACAAAGUUAGAAGCAUUGCAGAGCAAGAAAUCAUUGCAGGUGGAGAUGUUAAAUACACAACCUGGAUGUUUGAGACUCAGCCUAUCGAUGCACUGGGCGCACAUUCUUCAGAAUCUGCGGAAACUAUGGACAAGAUUCCAGAACUAGCUAGGGGAGAUGUUCGCACAGCCACAUGGAUGUUUGAAACUCAGCCACUGGACUCUAUGAAUAAAAUCUAUCAUGAUGAAGAACAAACAUCAGAUGAGACUUGUAUUAGAGAAAUUUCUGGUGGUGAUGUAAAAACUGUGAGGUAUAUGUUUGAAACACAGAAUCUGGAUAAACUGGGGCAGCUAUACUCAGUGGAUGAAGUUAACUUGUUGCAGCUGAGGUCUGAGCUUAAAGAGAUUAAAGGAAAUGUGAAGAGAAGCAUAAAGCAUUUCGAAACUCGGCCACUGUAUGUUAUCAGAGACAGCUUAGGUCAAAUUCUGGAGAUUAAAACCGUCUGCCGAGAAGACACUGAAAAAGGGGACGUCAGAACAGCACGCUGGAUGUUUGAAACGCAGCCUUUAGACAUGAUUAACAAAGACCCAGUGGAAAUUAAAGUUUUACGUGGAAUCUCUAUGGAGGAAAAUAUCAAAGGUGGCGUGCACAAGGCAAAAUGGUUAUUUGAAACACAGCCUUUAGACACUAUUAAAGAGGAUUCAGAGGAAAUGAUCACUCAGAAGGAAACUAUUGUAGGGACAGAUGUUUCCAGAAAGUGCUGGAUUUUUGAAACUCAGCCUCUUGAUGCUCUAAAUGAUAAUGAUGAGACAUCUCAUCCACCUCCUAAAGAAAUAAUAGGAGGUAACGUAACUGGUACUAAACAUUUAUUUGAAACUUUACCAAUGGAUGCAUUAAAGGACAGCCUAGAUGUUGGGAAACUUCAAAAGGUGGUUACUACUGCGGAAGAAAAAGGUGAUGUAAAACAUCAGAAACUGAUUUUUGAGACUAAACCUCUCGAACAGAUCAGAGAAGAAAGGAAAGAAAUUGUCAGAACAGUAAAGCUUGAAGAAAUCGACAGAGGUGAUGUGAACAGCUACAAAAAUAUAUUCGAAGCAAGCAAUUUAAAAAAAUAUGAUGAAUCACAAAAAAUCCAUGUGGAAGGUGUAGCGAGAGGAGCUGUAGAGCUGAACAAAGUUCUUUUUGAGACAACUCCUCUCUAUGCAAUUCAAGACAGUCUUGGUAUAUACCAUGAGGUUAAAACAAUUAGGCAAGAAGAAAUUUUAAGAGGAGAUGUAAGGAGCUGCAGGUGGCUAUUUGAAACAAAGCCUCUUGACCAAUUUGAUGACAGUGAUAAAAAAAUCCAAAUUAUCAAGGGAAUAUCUUCACAAGAAGUAAUUUCUGGUGAUGUGAAAACAGCUAAAUGGCUGUUUGAAACGCAGCCUCUUGAUGCUAUUAAAAAUUUUAGCAAUACAGGAGAAGUGGAAGAAAUUAAAGCAGAACAGAGGACAGAUAUUGUUAAGGGAGAUGUAAAAACAUGUAGAUGGCUUUUUGAAACACAGCCCAUGGAAUCACUGUAUGACAAAGUUGAGGUAGUGACUGACAACGAAGAAAUACAUAAAGGAGAUGUCAAAACCUGUACUCGGCUCUUUGAAACACAGCCACUUGAUGCAAUAAAAGAUGGAUCAGAAAUAACAGAAGAACUACAUACUGUGAAUCGGGAAGAUAUUCAAGGAAGUGACGUCCGUAGAGCAUGUUGCCUUUUUGAAACAGAAAAUCUAGAAAAUAUACAAGGAGAAGGGGGGAAGGAAAUAAAACGAAAAAUGGAAAUUGAUAUUCAGCCUGGAGAUGUUUCAACUAUGAAGCAUAAAUUUGAAAGCCACUCAUUAGACUCCAUAAAUUUCAGUUCAGAGGAAGUUCUGGAAAAAAUUAAAGCUAUUCAAAAACAGGAUAUACAGAAAGGAAAUGUUUUACAUUGCCGAUGGCUUUUUGAAAACCACUCAAUUGACACUAUAAAAGAACACCAUGAAGACAGUGCCCUAGUCAAAACUGUAACAGAUAUAAAAGGGGGAAACGUGAGGAAAAGCUGUUUUAUUUUUGAGACUUUUUCUUUGGACCAAAUUAGAGAUGAAUCUGAAAAUACUAGCACCAAGAAAACCAUUAGCAAAGAGGAAAUAACAAAGGGAAAUGUUAAAAACUAUAGAAUGAUGUUUGAAAACCAAUCACUUUAUGCAAUUCAGGACAAAGAAGGGAAUUAUCAUGAAGUAACAACAGUUAAAAAGGAGGAAGUGAUUCAUGGAGAUGUACGUGGAACAAGGUGGUUGUUUGAAACAAAACCUCUAGAUUCUAUUAAUGAAUCAGAUAAUGUAUACGUUAUUCGAGCUGUCACUCAGGAAGAUAUUCAGAAAGGAGAUGUGAGCUCUGUCAGAUAUAGAUUUGAGACUCAACCAUUGGAUAAAAUUUCAGAAGAUGAAAAAAUAAUAGUGCCCACUAUCUGCACUGUUGAAGGGGCUGAUGUGAAGGCCAGCAAACAGUUAUUUGAGUCUGAAGAGCUAAAUAAAAGCACAUAUAUAAGAACAGUGAGUGUCAGUGAAGUCCAGCAUGGCAAUGUUAAAACUGCCACUUGGUUAUUUGAGACGCACACUCUAGAUGAGAUUAGAGCAGAGGGAUCAGAAUAUAAAGAUGUUAAAACAGUCACAAAGGAAGAUGUGCAAAAAGGUGAUGUUCGGCAUGCAGUGUGGCUUUUUGAAAACCAGCCUUUGGAUUCCAUUAAGGAAAGUGAUGAAAGUGAAAUAAGAAUAGCCAGGGAAGACAUUCCACAGGCAGAUGUAAAAACAACAACGUGGCUUUUUGAAACAACACCUUUCCAUGAAUUUAAUGAAAGUAGGGUUGAAAAGCAAGAAAUCAUAGGCAAAAGUAUCACAGAAACUUUAAAAGAACUUUACUCUCAAAAAGUUGUGGAAUCUCAUGGAAUUAUCAUCGAGUCAGAUGAAAUUGGGGAUGUCAGAAUGGCAAAAUAUAAACUAAUGAAUCAAAAGACACCUGAAAUACAGAAGGAAGAGAUUAUUAAAGGGGAUCUAGGCAACAUAAUGAUGAACCUGCUGUCCAGAAAAAGUACUACCAAAAAAGAGAUUGUAGUAAAUGAUGAUGAAAAAGGCAACAUCAAUUUGACCAAAGCUCAGUUACUGAACAGAUCAACAGAUGAUCAUGUUGAAAAAGAAGAGAUAGUGAGAGGUGAUAUACAGCAGGCUAUAAAAAAACUAUUUAGUAAGGAUAGCUCCAUAAAACCAGGAAUUUUAAUUCAGGAAAAUGAGAGAGGUGACAUUAACAUGACAAUAUAUUCUCUCCUUCACAAAAAGGAUGACAAUAAAAUUCAACGUGAUGAAGUGAUAGGUGGUGAUGUGAAACAUACCAUUCACAGCCUUCUGUCUUCUAUAGCAAAUAAUGAAAUAUCAGAACGGACUAAAAUAGAAGAAAAUGAGAGGGGCAAUGUUCAGUUUUUCACAACGUGCAUAGAAGCUGGAGCUCUGGAUUAUCUGAAACUGUUCCAGACAGGGUCAGAUGAAACACUGACAAUCAAGAAACAAGAGGAAGAUGAGGAAAUAAUUGCUGGUGAUGUAGAAGGCACAAAGCUGUUGCUAACAAAACGUAAGUUCCCCAUUCAACGUACAGUUGCUGAAACUGACAUCAUCCCUGGAGAUGUAUGCAAUGCAAUUAAAAGUCUUACGACAGAGUUGCAGAAUACAUCUAGUCACGUACACAAAGAAGAAAUUAUAAAAGGUGACUUGAAGGCAGCGUUAAAUUCCCUCAGCCAGGCCAUAAGUCAAACAACAGUUAAAGAAAAGGAAGAAGUUAUAAAAGCUGACAUCCUGGCAAUACUGAAGUCGCUUGAAGAAGCAGCUUUUCAACUGAAAGAAGCAGAAAAGCCUGAUGUCAUACCUGGAGAUAUUAAGAGGACCAUUGAGUCCCUUGAAAAGGCAAUAAACACAAAAAUUGAAGUUUUGAAAGCGGAGGUUGUUCAGGGAGACCUUGAUUCAACAUUAACGUCCUUAAAAGAAGCUCAGCUAUCUUUCAAGGGCAUAGACAAAGGAGAUGUAAUCAGCAGAGAUACUCAGACUGUUGUUCAAAAUGAGCUAGAAAUCUGUGCAGAAAGGAAAAUGGUACAACCUGGAGAAAGAGAAAGGAGUCAUAGAGAUAUAAGAACUGCCAAACCACCUUUUAAACCAUCUCAACAAUUAGCGCAUGGUAACAUAACCCAAAAUCUAGCAGAGUCUGUUAAAUCUCACCAUGAAUGCUACCAGGAAAUGCAGGUUAAAAACGAGACUUUUCUCAAAGAAACUGUAAAGGGUACUGGAAAGAUACAUUUAGGUCAAAAACAGAGUGCUGAAUCUCUUGAUAUUAAUAUCGAACAGAUGAAGUUACCUAACUCACAACAGAAGAGCACCAACAAAGUAGAAGAGUCAAGGGAUAAAACCAGAGUCCAGCACAAGGAGAAAAAGACACAAGAUCUCCUGUCUGCUGAACAACAUAAGAAAAAUCAGUCUACCUUCUCUGGAAAAGUUAAGAGAAAUGUAAAAACAGAGAAAUCAGAAACAUGCAAAGCGCUGAGGAAAGAAAGUAUGUCCAGCAGCAUGCAGUCCAUUGGAAAAACAACAGAAAAGAAACAAAAUUUAUACAAUGAACAAAAAAAUAAUGAAUUUUCCAGCAGAAACAAUCAGAAGGAGAUGGUAAAAACAGCAGACACGUCAGUAGGUGUUUAUAACUCCCAAUCCAAAACCACUCAGCAACCAAUGAAGAUGGCACCUAGUGAAAUUUCUGAAGUGACAGACCGCUUUCAAAAGCAUGUGCCACAGAGAGAGACAGAACAAUCUCAGCACUGUAGAGAGGUGCUUGCCAGGAAAGAAACGAACAAUGACCAAAUGCAAGAUAUAGUAUCCAUGACAGCAGGACAGAGUAUAGAAGACAAACAAGAAGUAAAACUCACACAGGAAACGCAUAGUAAUUUCAAAGAAACUGAGAGGUGGAAAAGGACUGAUACUCAUCAGCAAAAUAAAAAAUUAGUAGGACAGUUUAUUGGAAAGACUAAAACAGAAGCUACUAAAUCAGAGGCUCAAUUUUCUGUAAAAACUCCUCUGAAUCAAGCCAAGAACGUAUUGGAGAAAGAUACAACAGAAAUGGAUUCCCUAUUCCCUCCUCCACCAUCACUUCCUCCAUCACCACCACCUUCUGUUACAUCUUCUGAAAGUGAAUUUCCUUUGCCUCCUCCACCGCCUCCUUUAACAUCUGAUGGACAGAUGUUUCUUUCACCAUCACCACCUAGAGAAACAAUCAAAGCUGAGUUUGAUCAUCUUCCUCCUCCUCCACCACCACUACCAAUAGAUGACAAAUCUGAAAGUGAGUUCCUAUCAGGUCUCCCUCUCCCACCACCUCCCCCACAUCUUGUGAUUCCUCCCACAAUGCAACCAAGGCAAAAGAAAAAACAUAUUCCUAAAUAUCCAGAAGAGUCACUGCCUCAUUCAGAGCAAACUCAUGUCAGUACUAAAGUGGCAGGUAAAUCUAUUGGUGUAGCAUCAUCACAAAACCUCAUCAAAAUGGAGCCCCCAAGGGGCCUGGAAGGUUUCAAGCCAAAAACGCCUCCUAAAUUUGAACCAACAGUCCUUCAAAUGCGCACAGAAACUGAUAUCACCAAAAGUUUGGCAGAAAGUAGAAAGUCUGAAACUCUGAUGAAUACGGUUAGCCAUGAACAGAAACAAGAGAGCAGUCAUACAAGAACCGUGGAAGGAAGACAACUUUCCUCUGUAACAGAAAUGGCUAAUUGCUCACCCAAGGCCGAGGAAGAGAUAUCAGCGGGCCAGAAAAAAAAGAUUUUUCCAGUGAUGAAAUCUCCUUCUGUUCCUUCAGAGAACAGAACACAAAUAAAACCUAAGCCUUAUAUUCAAAAAUUUAAAACUCCAUUAAUGAUAGCAGAAGAAAAAUACAGACAGCAAAAGGAAGAGACAGAAAAAGCAGAAGUCAAAAGUUUUUGCUGUGAGCCAGCCAAAACAAGCAACAAGGUUCAGGGAAGUCCAGCUGAAACUUCAUUACGAAAAUCAAACAAGCAAGAUCAAGGUCCUGCACAAGGUGCAGCAGCCCCUGUAACACCACAGAAAAUUACAAUUUCUGAUUCUGAUUUUCAUGUCAAUUUACAAGCAACAGGAUGCAGAGGUGAUAAAAAGCCAUCUGCAUCAUUAGCUGUAUCAUCAGCUACCGAGCAGCUUCAGAAAGUUUUAAAAACCCCAACAAAAGAUCAUAAUGGUAAAAAAGUACUACCAGGUACAAAACAUAAUGUAUCAUGUCAAAUAGACAAAGUCCAUCCAGAUCAGACAUUACAUAAACCUGAGCAGCUGAAGAAUGUGGAGCAAUUGUGCAAGCCUGAAAAUAAAAUCACUCCCCCUACAUUCAAAGUUAAAACUAUUAAGCUUCCCAUUGUAGAGCAGAGCUUACAGCAAACUUAUAAAGGUUCUGAAAUACACCAAAACCAGGAGGGAACUAAAGUUCAAAAUGUUUUCACACAACACAAUCAGAAGAAACAGAGAGAAAACGUAAGCCUUACCAUCAAGAAAAAAGAAAAAACUGCAAAGCAAGAUCACCAAGAGCACAUUAGUGAGAAUGUGCUAGCUGAGAAAACAUAUUCAAAAUGUACAGAAAACAUGCAAGAAUUACAGAAACAGGACUUCAAACAGGUGAAACAAAAAUUAGUUAGUGAAAAGGAAAUAGGAGAAGGAGAAUCCAGACAUGAGAAAAACUUGCUGCAUGAAGAAAUAAAUCAGGCCCAUGUACCAGUUCAUCCGGAGACAGACAUGGUAACAAUUCAGAAAAAACAAGAGCAGCCUAAGAUUAAACCAGCAGCGAAAGCAGUCAAGGGAAAAGUAACUGACAGACAGCAUGACUCUCAGACCCAAAUUAUUGAACAAAAGACUGUGUGUGUUUCUGAGAGUAGAGUCCAAAAAAAAAGUGUGUCCCAGGAACAUAAUAGUCUGCAAGAAAAUGCAUGUGUCAAAGACAAAGCCAUACAAGUAAAACAAGGCCUCCUAAAGACAAAAGAUCCAAAACAAGAGAUUACACACAAAAAAUCUUUAUAUUCUUCCUCCCCACAGCACACCGAGGAAAAACAUGCAGUAAAUAUAUUACAUAUUUUGAGAAAAAGAGAGGAACUACAGCAAGUUUUGUGCAGGCUGAAACAGUUUGAAGAGGAGCCAACUAAGAACGGUCUGAAAACAUUUAAGACCUUUUUAAAAAUUAUCCCUGUCUGGCUAAUAGAUCAAGAAAGAAAGAAAAAUAUAGCUCAUAUUGUAACAGAAAGUAAUUUUGAAAAAAUGAAAGAAGAAUUAUCUGAUAUUAAAGAUCAAGCAACAAAAAUGCUUGCCUCUUGUGAAGAUUCAAUCCACACUGCUGUGUCCUCAAGCAUAGUGAAAUCCAAAAAUAACAGCACUACUUAUCAAGGCCCUUCCCAGAAAUUAUCAGAAAUUACUAUUGGCUCCAGUGAAAAAGACUCCCAUAAAACCACAGGCCCUAUUAAAGAAGAAACAGUGCAUCAUGAAGCUAAACAGCAGUCCAAUGGAUUUAGACAGACAGAAUCCAGAUCUUCUUCAGCACUAAGAAUGCGCUCACCAUCUCCUACUUACAUAACAAUUGAGUCUAGAAGGACAGACUCUCCUCUAAGGGAGACAUCCUCUUCUCCUACCCAAAGAGAAGGGACUUCAUUUCCUCUACUGCCCCACAGAUCUGCAACACCAAAAGCUAGAAUUCAACAGCCACUGUCUUCUCCCUCUUCUCUGGCUAAGCUGAAAGACACCACAGCAAAAUUAUCACAAGGGGCAACACAGCAUCGAGCUGUAAAUCCACUUCCGAUUGUAGAAAAAAGAUCAGAAAUCGUUAAAUCUCCCGCCACACUUCGCCGACAAAUUAAAAUUGAAAUGCAUGCUAGGAAACCUUUUUCCUCAGUAACUCCACCUGUAUAUGAAUCUCAAAUAACUGCUGGUACAGUAAAAGAUAUGAAAGAAGCACAAGAAAAAAGUAGACAAGUAGAGGAAUACAAAGACCACUUGUGUCAAAACCGAUUAAACAUUCCAGAACACUUACAGUUUCAGAGUGAAAGUUUAGAUUCCAUCUCAGUGACACAAAAAUUUGAGAGUCCUAGGAUUGAUCAGCCGGGGAUUAUUCAUAAGUUUGAAGCAUCGGAGACAGUAACACACACAAAAAAUGAACCAACUACAGUAGUUGAGAGGUUAAGUAACGAAGGUGCAUAUGAAAAGGGUAAGUUAUUAGGAAAAUUUGAGGACAAAUCCAUAUUUGAAGUUAAGUCAAUGAAAAGAGAUUUCAAAACUGGUGAAGUGAACAGCAAUAUAAAGGAGAGAACAGACAUAUUUAACCAAGAUGAAUUUGGUAUGGACAGCCAAAGACAGAAAGCUAAUUUUGAGAACUCUUCUUGCCGGCAGCAAAGAGAAACAAAACAAGAUAUAUCUUAUAAACCAGGGCAACGUGAAAAUCAAGAACAGUCAUUUCAACCUGCAAUAUGUUUGGCAGCCAAGUCCCAUAAUGAAUAUUCUUCUGGUAGGGAUACAUUAACAAACACAGUAGUUGAAUCAAGAACUGCUACCUCAACUUCACAAAAUGUUGAUGGUAUGCAGUCAGGAUUUGGCUUCAAGCAUGCCCCCCCAACAUAUGAAGAUGUUAUCUCAGGACACAUUCUAGAUAUUUCUACUGCUGAUUCACCAGAAGAGCUACUGAGAAAUUUUCAGAAGACGUGGCAAGAGAGUGAACAAGUUUUUAAAAGUCUUGAUUACACUGUCUCAGAUACUUCUGAAACUGAAGUGAGAAGCAGCUUCCAUGAGGAAGCAGAAUAUUUCAGUGAAACUGCAGCUUCAGGAAAAGGAAAUAUGUGCACUUUGUCAACAGAGAGUUUAUCCAAUGGAAUGUCUAGUUGCCGACAAGCAGAAUUUUCAUAAAUCAUGUUUCCGAUGUCACCACUGUGGCAGUAAAUUAAGCUUGGGAAAUUAUGCAUCUCUCCAUGGACAAAUAUACUGCAAACCUCAUUUUAAGCAACUUUUCAAAUCCAAAGGAAAUUAUGAUGA